AUGCGGGAAUAUGGAUCAGGGGCUCCAGAGGACGAUGAUUAUGGUACACCGUUCUUGGUCUACAUGAUCUUAAUUCGGUGUUCGUGGUCUAACUGCCAUUUGGGUCUGAUUAGGCUUUCUAUGGUUGCUUCUGGCUCUUUUGAAUUCCAUUCUUAG